UUGGAUGAUGAGCAGCGGCGUCGUCUCCCCCUCAUCGUCCGCGGCCGUCUGGGACGAUCUGCGACAUUGAGCCGCCAACUUCCACCCGCAGCUCUUUUAUCACUCAUUGACGCGCCAUGUUUGAUCAUUUUCUCCAUUUCGACUCUUUUUCGCCUUUUUCUCCUCAUCUCCAUCAUCAUUUUUAUUAUUAUUAUUAUUGUUGUUGUUGCUCUUAACGUCCGAUCAUCGCAUCGCACGACUUGGAUUCUUGCAAAAACAAAGAGGAUUUAUUGUUGUUCUCCUUGAGGAAUGUAAAAGGACGGACAACCCAACAACCAACAACCAACAACCAAGCACCAACUCCCGCUAUGCGCUUUUGCGUGGUGGCGCACGUCCGCGUCCUGUGCGUCUUUUUGCUCUGCGCACAGUAAAGAAGGGGAAACAAAAAACACUUUCUUCGGAUACACUUUGCUCCCUUUUCUCGACACACAUUUUGGCUUACAAAACAUUUAUUCGUCCUCCUAUAAGUCAUGGGGAAGUCGAUGUGGAGUUAUUAUUAUUUUGGAGUUCUCUUUAUUACCUUCAGAGCGGACUUUUGUCGUGCGCUCAUCCUGGAGUCCAUCUACUGGAACACCACUAACACCAAAUUCGUGCCAGGUCAAGGUGUGGUUCUGUACCCCCAGAUUGGCGAUAAAUUGGACAUUGUGUGCCCGCGUGUGGAUGGCGGGGUGAGAGAUGGAGUGGAGUAUUACAAGGUGUACAUGGUGCCCAGGGAGCAGCUGGAGAGCUGCACCAUUACCAAGGCUGACACGCCUCUCCUCAACUGUGACAAGCCGGACCAGGACGUCAAGUUCACGCUCAAGUUUCAGGAGUUUAGUCCCAACCUUUGGGGCUUGGAGUUCUUCAGGGGGAAAGACUAUUACAUCAUCUCUACUUCAAAUAGCACAAUGGAGGGUAUCAACAACCAGGAGGGCGGAGUCUGCAAGACCAAGUCCAUGAAGAUGAUCAUGAGAGUAGGACAAAACCCUUCAGACCCCGUUUCACCCAAAGACAACCCCACCAAGGUGCCCAACUCUCCUAAACAGCCAGACAGCAAGGACACCCCAAAAAACAAUGAAGUUCUGGAGAAGCCAGGUGUCGCGUCCAGAGAAAGUGAACAAAACAACACUGGUGGGAAGUCAUCCAAUUUCAUCGGUUCCGGGGUGGCCAUUUUUGUCAGCAUUGCCUCCGGCAGCGUCAUCUUUAUCAUCAUCAUCAUCAUGCUGGUCCUCCUGCUGCUCAAAUACCGGCGGCGUCACCGCAAGCACUCGCCACAGCACGCGGCUACGUUGUCCCUGAGUACUCUGGCCACGCCAAAGCGAGGCGGCAGCGGCGGAAACAAUAAUGGCUCCGAGCCCAGCGACAUCAUCAUCCCGCUCAGGACUGCUGACAGCGUCUUCUGCCCCCACUACGAGAAGGUCAGUGGCGAUUACGGCCACCCAGUCUACAUAGUCCAAGAAAUGCCGCCGCAGAGCCCUGCCAACAUCUAUUACAAAGUCUGAAGAGGAACUCUGAAAGCAAGAGACAGGAACAAUACCAGAGAAAGGAGGGACCAGGUCUUGGUUUCAGCUGCCACCAUGACUCCCUCGCUCUUUCUCUCCCAUUCUGCCAACUCCUCUCCUCUAUGUUGUCGAUAUUUUCUUUGUGAAAGGUUGCUGAUACCAAUUUCUUUUGGUAUCUCCACAGUCCAGCUGAGUUGGCAGAGGUUGGAGAAAUUGCUGCUGUUGCCACUGCUGAUACUUUACCAGGUCUUUAGGGAGCGGAAAGGCUUAACGUUUUCCCUUUCUGGUUUGUGGAUGUGGCCAACAUGUAGGGGACCUUAGAGGUAUGCAAGUGUUUUGUUUUUUUAACCCCUGUGCUAGGAUGCGACAGAAAUACGGCUGUAGGGACGCAAACGAGUCCGCCAGAGAGGCUAGGAAACUGGGAUGUGGGAUGACCAUGUUGGCAUGACUUAGUCUGAAGAGGCUGGGUUUGAUCCUCAGUUUAAGUAUCCUUAAUGCUGCGUCAUCAGCAGGGGAAUGGUGUGAGCUGUCGGCUGUGGAAGUGAAAGCCAAUUCACGUUGCUCUCUCUCGAGCUUCACUGGCUGCAAAGACUACUUGGAUGUCCCAGGUGAACAAGGAAAGGGGAUACGUUCUUGCACUCUGGGACUUUCUUGACUGACUCACCACCUCCACGUUGUUUUUAAUACGGAUUACACCGUUUCUCCUGUCGCUACACACCUGUUACUUGAAAGUUUUUCAAGAAAAAUGCAUCCCAUCAUGUGUCAAAAUGUACAGUGUAGCCACAAAGUCUCUUUACAAUUAAAAAAAUGUCUUACAAAAGCAAUUGAUGAGAUUUGUUUAUCAGAUUUUGUCUACGUACGGCAGUAGUGAUCAAAGUUUUUCUUCACAUCAAACCUUUCCCGAUUGGAAUCAUGGUUCGUUGGACCGGAAGACCACUCACCUGAGCUUCUUUAUGGGGUUUUGUUAAAGAUAUCAAGUAUGGAACAAAGAAACGACACAUCAAGGACCUGAAGCCAAACAUCACUGAAACGCCAUUGACUAGGCUAUGUUACAGCAAACAUGAUACCGUCUAGUCCUUUCAAAGUUGCAAUUCUUAGUCGAAAAGCUGGAGGCGAAGUUUUCCAGUGAGUCAACUCACCGAGCUACAAAGACAUUGGCUAUUUAGCUUGUUAGCUUCCAUUGUCGCUAUUAAACAAUGGAGAUUAAAGAAAGACAUAGUGUGUUAUUGGAGCUGAACCUAACCUAAUCAGUUUUAUUCUCGAAAAUCCCCUAAAAAAAAUAAUGGUAAAUGGGUUAUACUUGUAUAGCGCUUUUCUACCUUCAAGGUACUCAAAGCGCUUUGACACUAUUUCCACAUUCACCCACACACACUGAUGGUGGGAGCUGCCAUGCAACCACCCUAACCACGAUCCAUCAGCAGCAAGGGUGAAGUGUCUUGCUCAAGGACAAAACGGACGUGACGUGGUUGGUAGAAGGUGGGGAUUGAACUAGGAUCCCUCAGGUUGCUGGCACGGCCACUCUCCCAACCGUGCCACGCUGACCCCGUACUACAAGGGCCGCAAGGCCAUGACGCGAGGUUAGAUUUUUGGGAGAUGCACGUCAGGAGGAUUCCCAUGGCACACAUAAACAAUAAACCAGGCAAAAUGGUCACAAUGCUUCAAUUUAUAAUCAUUCACAGAGAUAUGUCUAAUCAUUUGCUUUUGUGAUAAAUGUGUCAAAUUGUAAAGAGACUUUUGAGUGUUGCGCUUGAUCUGAAGUCUGGUUUGAACUAGGUUUGAUUCAUUCCACGCAAGCACAUCAUUUUCUGUGUAACAUUCAAACACAAGCGGAGUAACAAAGUCCUUGUAGAAAGAGCGGACGCCUUUAUAAAUAUAGAGCAGCACUUUUAACACCGUUUUGGUACCUCUUCACAGCAGUCCGCAGACAGGCAGCGAUACAGAAAACUGGUCUAUCAUGGUCUCUUUGGAACCGGAGCUCGUGGCGGGAAAGCGUUAAGGGCAAUAAGGAAUCCAGUUUGCCUUAACAGUCGCAUUUUCUUUUUUUUUUAAUCUUCAGGUGAAGAAAGGCUGAGAUAGGGUCAAAGAUAGUAAAGCUGCGUGAAACAGCUCUCGGUACUGUAAAGUUUACCCUAGGGAUCCGAGGGCGCUAAUAAGCAUGACCUGUGCUCACCUGUUGUUUUAGACAUACUCUCAGGCUUUGUCCACACGAACACGGAUAUAUACAAAAGAAAAGAAAAAUCAUAUUUUUCUAUCCGUUUUGACCGUCCAGGGUGAACAUUUUCAAGAACUCUGGCGCCAGGGUUUUGUGUAUUAGAUGGUUAAAACAAAGCUUGUGAAAAAACGUGCGACAUUGCCUCAUGUAUUUUAAUGUUAUUUCACACCGGAAUACGAGUACGAAUUUAGGAGGCUUGUCAGAAAGAGAUGUGUACAAGAUAAAUGGCAUUUUUCUCUAGAUUUACCAGGUCUACAGUGAUAAUCGUGGUAUCAAAGCUAAGGGAAGGCUUUGAUGGUUAAAAAUGUACACAUCUUUGCUAUUGGAUUAGAGUAAAUAACUUGUUCAGUGAGCUUUAGUGUAUGAGGAAAGAUCGUUGGAAGGGCUUAGUGUUAGCUUUAAAACCCUGUUAAAAUACUGUUUUGUUUUCUGAACUCAUUCGUGACAUAUGCGGUCUUGGACUGCUUUUUUGCUUUCCAUAUUUGCCCAAUUGUUAGUGCUUGUGGAUUAAAUUGUUUUCUGUUUUUAGAAAAUUGGUUUGGUCGAGCCAUUAGCCAACCUUUGUUGUUUGUCUGUCUCGUAGCAGUUUGCAUAACAACACAAAUGCUACCACACUACCCGCUGUACUUGGGUCUGGUGGUUUAAAAGUAAUUAGUGAAUGAUUCAGGACGACAGGGGUUUUGACAGCGAGAUUGUUAGAGACCAGUUGGCCAGCUGUUAGCGCUGCGGAGCUAGCUUGUCGACAACGCUGAAAUAAACAGCAAAUUUAUUCGGAAUCCUAAGAAAACAGGAAAAUGUCGAACCAAAACAGCUCUCUUAUCCAAUAUCAAAAAUCCUUCACUGCUAAGUUUCAAACAUGAUAGAAAGUGACACAAAGUUUCUGCAAAAACUAGUCAAAGGAAGUUUGUUGUAAGUGAUCGCUAACGUCUAUGAACAGAGGCAUUAAAAUACUCAAACAAUUCAGCCAUGGCCAGCCUUUAGAGAUUUGUUGAAAGUGGGGAAAAUGUGUGUUUUUUUUUUUUAAAUAUCCGUGUUGGUGAGGACAUGGCCUUACUUUGUCAGUGUUGUUCCAUCUCUAUUGUCAUUUUCCACGUUUUUGGGUUUUGUGAUUUGACUCCAUUGAUGUACAUUUUACAGACUAAUAUGAGAAUUUAUUUAUAACGGACACUACAGCACAGACGGUGGCACGGACAAGAGGGUAAUAUUUAUACAUAGAUUAUGGUAUCAGCGCACAUUAUGCAACCUAGAUGUUUUAUUAUUUGAUAUAAUCUCGAGUCCUGUGAUUUCACAAGCUCUCCGGAGGAAGCAGGGCUAGGUGGGGCAUCAGGGACCCUUGGCUCUUCUGGAGCAGAGUAGCUGUGUCUCCUCAUCUCGCUCAGUGUAGCAGUCCCCAAAGCAUACUUCACACACAACCCUUCAUGUUUCCUGUGCAUGUGCGUACGUGUAUGUGACUGUUCAGGUUUUCGGACAGUUCUGAAUAUCUUCAUCUUUUUUUUAGCGAUUACGAGUGUAUGCUAGCCCAUCUUGUCAUUUUCUCAUAAAGAACAUCAAAUUUCACCCAAAAGCCAAGCCUAGAAAAAUGAGGUUUGUGCCUCUAAGAGGCUACAAAAUCUGCAAAUAUGCAAUUGUUAUUUAUUUUUUUAAUCAAUACUGAUAUUUAAAAAAAAAAAACUUAUGGAAAGUGUUCUUAACCACUGAACGAUGUUUCAAAAGACACAAUACAAAGUAUGUCAGAACAGGAUUGUUGUUAGCUUUAUCCCCCCCACCCCACAACUGAUAGUAUUAUUUCAACCCAUAAGAACCCACAACACUUGAAAUGUCCUAACAUGGUCCGUUCAGCUUUGCCCCCAAGUGACGUAUAGGACACAUUGGUGGUUGUCAUGUGACUAUCAUGGCUUCCCCAAAAUAGCAGUGUGACCAGCUCAUUUCCAAAAUUAUAUUUAUAACUAUAGGGUGUCGUAUUUUACAGUUCAACUACUUUUACAAUAUUUAUUGAAUGAAUUCCUAGAAAACAAGCAAGAAAACAUCACUAUCUGGCUGUCAGCCUUAACAUUUGCUGAACCUUGGCGUGAUCUAUUUGUCACAAUUGCAAAAACUCUAAUACGACACUCAAUAAAUAUCACUGAUUCAAAUAUUUUGAGGAAUACAUGUUCUUUGUUUCUAAGUAAAAUUGUGGUAUUGGGCACAUACAAGUGUCAAGUUAUUUUCAAAUAAAUAAUACAUCUAACUUGUGUGACAUCUAUUACAUUUAUUACUAGUAUACAAAAAUAAUUACAAUAUAUACCUUACAAUAAAUAGUUUACUUUUAAGGCUGCAAUCUCCCUGAAAAGCCUGAUUGUUAUUAUCCUUUCCAACAGUUUUUGCGUGUUAAAACAAUUGUAUACUAAUUCACUCAAACCUGAAUCUUUUGGAAUCAUUUCUCAAGCGUAAAAAAACAGAAUACCGUAAAUAAUUGUAUUUUGGCUGGUUUAGUUUAUUAUUUACUUUUAGCUUAUUGAUACAGUAGGAAGGGGAUUCAUAUAACCUAAUUUGUUGCGGUUUACCUGACACAUGACAUGACAAACUUUAACCUGCGGAUGGCAAUAGUGUUAAAUAUCUUAGAAUGUGUUUUGUGUCAAUUCCGACUUCGACUACAGCGUCAGUUGCUAUGUAGGGUGGCACUUUCCAUCAUUUUCAGAAGACUGCAUUGCAAAAUGACCACCUCUUCCUCUCAGAGUAAUCCAUCCAGGAAUGGGGCCAAAUUAAUCCCUUUCCUACUGUACAUUACUUUAAUCUUUUUCUGAUGUAACCAUAAGCGGAAACAAGUUUAUAUCAAGCCUUCUGUCAUUCAAUAAUUACAUUUUUGAUUUUCAUAGUAAUAUGAGACAACGUGCAUUCCUUUUAGGAUAAUUACGGGACACAUACUUUUGUUUCCAAAUAUGAAAUGUUUUUCAAGGGACCGUUGGCAACCCUAUUUACAUGAUACUUACCAAAAAAAAUAUCCCCCAUAACUUUCUAUUAAACAGAAAUGGGACUGGGUUCUUAUGGGUUACAUUUUGCGGUUUUGCAUUCGUACGAAAGAUGAGCUUUUAUAAUGUCUGACACAGAACUAGAAUUUACACAUGUUGAGAAAAACACACACAUACGACACACAAUUGGUUUUGUUGCCGUAUCACCGCAGCGAAAUAUGACAAUCUUAUUUGUUUCUUCGAAUCUGGUGUUUCUUUUUUUUUUUGCUUGACUAACACUCUCCCGACAUUGACCAAUUUUGGUUUAACGUCGUACGAAAAGCCGCUGAGAGGCCUGAGAGUCUAACAGCAAGCAGGUCAAAAAAAGCACGUCAGGUUCCUGUAAAAAAAAAAAAAAAAAAAGCCUUGCUCGUAUGGUCAGCCCUUUGGUCACUCGACACAGUAAUUUUGCACCAUCCUUCUGUAGGUAAUAAACUGUAAAUACAUUCAUGUUUGCAUUGUAUAUGGAUCCUGGGUUGUUACAAUAGCCUUAUUCACAUUUUUAGGAAAUUACAUGGGAAAAUGUUCAGAAAAAAAUUGAACACACUUCAGUGAGACAGAGCAUACUACUUUUUUGGUAAAUAGCUUGUAAAUAUCGAUGAGGACACAAAAAAACAUUUUUAUAAAUCAAAUGUUUUGUAUACAAUUUGAAUUUUUUGCUAUGUAUUUUAGCUAGCGCUCAAUGGAACUCCCCACUUCCUUCCCUUUUGCACUGAUUCUGUGGUAAUUUGGUUAAACAAAAAAAAAAAAAACAAGCAAAAAUUUGCCAAACUGACUGCUGCAUAUUUGUGCCAUAAGUGUGUACCAUAAAUAUUUAUUGAACUAGUUUCUUUUUGGUUCCAUUUGGGAUUUAAUUUCAGUCCAGUUUGUAAGUAACACAGUAUUAUAUUUGCAUUGUUUUGUUUUCUGUCUUCCAACCUUGGUUUCUUUUGUUUACUUUCCCGUCGUGUUUACUGGGUGGCUGUUGUCCCUUCCUGUUAAGAAAGGUUGUGAAAGACGGAGUCAGCGUUCAAAAUCUGAAACGAGUUCAAAGUGAGGAUAUACUGUAUAACACACAUUCCACCAGUCUGUUACAAACUGAAAACGUUUUUUUCAAUAAAAUGUUUUUCCUAUGGA